AUGAUUUCUACCAAGUUAGUUCGGAAUUACAGCCUGUGCAGCUCGGUUUUGGUUCCAAAAGCGGCUGCGAAGCCGCUGUCCAUGCCGUGCGAACAAACUCUCACCACCGUCUUCAACAUAUCUUUUGGGGAAAGAACUUGGACCCAGGCUAGCCUGCCCGUUAGGUUGGGUGGCCUGGGCAUCCGCAAAAUUUCCAGCGUGGCGCUACCAGCUUUCUUGGCUUCGGUACACGGUGCUCAAAACCUUAUCGGGAAAAUUUUAGCCCCUUCUCUUGGGGUCCUGGAGGCUGCGCACUGUUCCGAGGCCAAGAACGUAUGGUCACUAACAUGCCCCAACACAGACCCACCUGUCAACCCAUGCUCGCAAAGGCAGUGGGACGAGCCUCUCUGUCGUCUAACAAGGAACAGCCUCCUAGAGACGGCACUAAGUCCAACAGAUCGAGCUCGUCUCAUUGCGACAGCGGAGUGGGAGUCGGGUCUGUGGUUGCAGGCACUUCCAUCACCAACAAUAGGAACUUUGCUGGACAACUCAACUUUCCGGUUGGCCACUUGCCUUAGAAUAGGAGCAUCAACAAACAUGCCUCACCGAUGCCAAUGCGGCGUCAUGGUAGACAACCUAGGCCACCACGGCCUCUCUUGCAGCCGAAGUGCUGGGAGGAUACCUCGGCACGCCAGCAUCAAUGACGUCAUUCGUAGGGCCUUUGUUAGUGCCAAGGUGCCGGCGGUCCUCGAGCCCAACGGCCUGGUCAGGGAUGAUGGACAUAGACAACACAAACUCAAGCAUCUUCUAGAGGAAGAAGAAGAAACAUUAAGAAGAGAACUGGAAGAAAAACAGGCACUGCAAGAAUGUGGGUAUUGUGAGGAGAGGCUAAGUAAACUGAGGAAGUAUGAGGAAGAGAUUGAGAGAGAAAAGAUAAGAGAAUGCUUGAAGGCUUUGGAGAGGGAGAAAAUUGCCAGAGGAAUGCAAUGUACGAAAGUCGACGAAUACAAUCUCAGAGCGGUACAGAAGGCGCAGAUGGAGGAGAAACUACACAUGGAGAUGGAACAAGCUAAUAUUGAUAGAAUGUGGCAUCAGGUGUUAUUAGAUGACGUCAGAAGAAAGGAACAGUAUGAAAAAUACCAAGAGAACAGAAGGCAACAAGAGAUGCGCGAACGCCGGCUAGCCUACGAUGAGCAGAUCGCCAGCGCCAGCAGAAAGAGACGGGAGAUGCUGAGCGAGGAGAGGGAGCGAGAGAACAGGAGACUCGAACGAAUGAGGAAGAAGAUGGAACAGGACCAUUACGAAGCUUUAAAACGCAAGAAAGAAAAACAGAUGAAAAAUAGAAUUAACUUCAUAGAGGGCCAUGAAAUGAAGUUACAUGGGCUCGCUUCAGAGAAGUCGCGGGCGAGGCAAAUGGACGAUAAUACCAUAAGGAGGGCUCUCCAGGAAAUCGAGCGGGAGACGCGGAGAAAGAGGGAUCAGAUGACGCAACUUCAAAUAGAAAAGCAGCAGUUCAUAGCCAAUCACAACCGCGAGAGGAGGAUGGCGCAGGCGUUAGAGCAGGACAGGGAUAACGUCGUCAACCAAUGGAUGAGAGAGAAAGAUAAUAACACAGAUGAGGGAAUGAGACAAGCGGAAGAAAAAAAAACGGGCGCAAAAAAGAAACUUACCGAAGAAUACAGGGUACACAUAGCAGAGAGGAACCACGAGUUAGAGAGAGAACGACAAGAGAGGUACAUCAAAAUGCAAGCCGUGAGAAACGAGGCAGUGAGAGAUUUACAGAAGAAAUUGGAUAGUGCCAACCAGGAGCUGAAACGGCAGCUAGAAUAUCGACAAAACCUAUCCACACAAAUAAGGGACACACAGAAAGUCAAGUUAACAGAGUCAAUUCAAGAAACAAGAAAGCUACAACCUUUUACUAAGAAAGCAGCUAUGUUCAAGCAGGCGAUGGAGCGCGUCGAUACAGACCCAAAAAGAACGAGCACGAAUCCUGUUCACCCAUUCAGAAGAAUUAUGGAAUCUGAAAAAAUCAAGACCCUACCUUCAAUAUAAAAUAAAUGGAAUAGAUAAAAUGUCUAUCGAGGAAAAUGAGAAAUGUAGGCGCGACGGGUCAGUUUUCUCAUGGUAUUUCGAAUAUAUAUAUGGUUUAUGGUUUAAGAAUUUAUUUCUCCAAGAGAAUAUUACAAUUCACUUACAUAGAGAAAUACAAACAAUCAUUACACACACAUACAUUAUUUACAUAGUGCACGAAUACCAUAAAAUAUAUUAUAAAACAAAACAAAUUAUUUUUUUUAAUUUCGCGCCAUAAUGUUAUUUCUUGAAGUUAGAUUGAAGAGAGAAGUAAACUUUCUGUUUCCGAUCAAUAGGGUAUUUGAAUGUAGUUAAAAUAAAGUAUUUCACACAAUGCACGAAAUGAAGCACCACACAACAUUAAGAAAGAAACGUAGAUAGCAGUUAUUUUUACACACUAUUUAUAUUUUAUAAUUCAUAAUUAGAACAAUAAAGACUAGGUUACUUGACCGUGGCGUCAUUUGCUAGUGUUUCAUAUAUGGAAGAUAAGUAAUGAAAUCUCCAUGCACCAAAACCCUUCUUAGCUACUCUAGCGCUACUCUGGAGAGUUUUGGAACUGUUAUUUAUAGCUGACAGCGUGACACUUGCAACAGUUCUGCGUGUGGAGAUUUCAUUCCUUACCUUCCAUAUUUUUAUAUAAAGCGUUUGACAGGCCUGCUGGUUUUUAUCAGGCUGACGCAACUAGGAACAAAAUAAGUUUUGUAUGGAACUUGUUUCGCAAAUCUUUGCCAACGAAGAAAAAUAAAACGUCAGUGCUAUUUAUUCUGUCAAGUUUACAUCAAGUCAACUGUCAGCCUAAUUGUUUUGUUUGUUAUGAAGGCUUCAAUGUUUUGUUCGGGUAUUUCGUGCAAUUUCUUUAUUAUUUAGUGAAAAUAUCAAAAAUAGUGAACCGUGAUCAGAGUAAAGAACGAGUUUGUUACAAUGCCGCCGAGAAAACGGUUUACUAAGUGUGAAAUAUGUGGCAAGCGAGCCACUCGAGAAAAUCACGAAAAAAGGGAUUUUAUGGCGAAAUUUCUCUUGGAUAAAGACCGGUACGUAUUGCUUUAGAUACUUUUGACCUUAUUUUGGUGCAGCAUGCUUUAAACACAUCGAAAAUUUGAUAUUUUAUAUUAUUUUUAGUUGUGACCUAGGGAUGUACUAAAACUAUCGAUAAUUGUAUGUUUAUUUGUAUAUCAGUGUAAGUAAUAAAAUAAAAUAUGUGAAUAUUC